AUGACUCGUAGGAGUACGUUUAACCGCACAUUGAAGUUUAUGCUUAUUUUAUGUGGAAUUUGGCCAGGCCAGUCAUGUGUUCUGUUCUGCAGAAUAUUUUGGAUCGUUUCGUUGACAGUUACCUUAUUCUGUCAUUAUCGUUAUUUUUUAACGCAUAUAUAUUCUGCUGAAAUUUUGGAUUUGAUGGACUGUCUGUCCAGCUUCCUUGCAUAUUCCAAAAUAAUCGUCAAGUUCUUCGUGUUUUGGUUAAAUCAACGAAAAUUCAUCGAAAUCUUGACAGCGAUGACCGAAGAUUGGAAUGAAUGUACUAAUAAUGACGUCAAUAUGCGCGAAACAACACGCAAAGCUAAAAUGUCAGAUCGUAUUACAAACGCAAUCAUUUCCCUUCACACUAUGACAAUUGUUGCAUAUUGCAUCGGUAUCAUUCUGGCAGAUGUCGAUGUCACUGACAGCACCAAAGAACUACCCUUCGUUAACAAAUUAGAAAUUCCUUUCAAAAUAAAAACGCAGUUUGUGUAUAGAACCGUUUUAAUCACGGAAUUUUUGUUUAUGAUUCUUUGCGGGUGGGCGGCUGGUAUAACAAAUUCUUUGUUAUUAACACUGAUUUUACAUACGGCUGGUCAAAUUGAAAUUAUGCGUUAUUGGUUGAUGCAACUUGUACCUCGUGACAAUAAAAAUAAUCAUACAUUUGAUAAAUCAAUCUCUACAAAUAAAAUAAUACAAAAACAUCAAAAAAUUAUUAAUUUUUCAAAAAAUAUUGAAAAUCUUUAUUCAUACAUUGCCUUGGUUCAGUUUGUAUCAAAUACGAUAAUGAUAUGUACGUUAGGUUUUGUUAUUGUCACAGCAAUUGAAAGCCCCAAUGCGGUAGAACAAAUAAUGAAGUCAUUUUUAUUUUACACCAUAACAAAUCUCGAAGCAUUUAUAUUUUGUUAUGCUGGAGAGUAUUUGAACAACAAGAGCAAAGAAAUUGGUAUUGCUGCGUACAACUGUGAAUGGUAUGAUUUAAAAUCUACAGAAAGUCGUGUUUUGAUGUUUAUCAUAUUAAGAUCGCAAAAGCAAUUGACACUCACAGUAGGAAAAAUGAUGGAUCUCUCCCUAGAAUCCUUCACAAGUAUUAUGAAUGCUUCGGGAUCAUACUUGUCAGUGCUGUUGGCGAUGCAAUAAACAGUUCGAUAAUUUUUAAAU